AUGUUAAAGCGGCCUCAUGGGACACUCCUUCACGAGCCGUCGUGCCCAGGAGAAAUUGUUCAUGAGCUGACAAUGAACGGUCCCGCGCAAUGCGCGAAGGAAAUCUUUGAGCCUGACGCUGCUGUCCUGGACCCCCAGCUAAGUGAAGCAGUUUCACUUGGCACAACAAUCAUGGCUGUUGCGUAUGAUGAAGGUGUUGUGCUGGCGGCGGAUUCUCGCACUUCCACUGGAACUUAUGUGGUGAACCGUGCAAGCAACAAAUUAACCAAGUUGAGCGAAAAGGUGUACUGUUGCCGCAGUGGAUCUGCGGCAGAUACUCAAGCUUUGGCCGAGCGGACAGCAAAUUACCUAGAGAGCUAUGAGGCAGAUACGUCAAGGCCGAUCAACGUCGCAGCUGCAGCUAAUAUCUUCAAAAAACUUUGCUACAUGAACAAGUGGAAUAUUUCCGCCGGUAUUAUUGUGGCAGGUUAUGAUCCUGUGAAUGGGGGCUCCGUUUAUAGCAUCCCGUCUGGUGGCUCGUGUGUGAAGUUGGAUUACGCCUUGGGUGGCAGCGGGUCUAUCUUCUUGUAUUCCUUUUUCGACGCCAACUACAAGCGGGGUAUGUCGAAAGAGGAAUGUGUUCGUUUUUGCCAACGCGCCGUCGCACACGCCUACAGCCGUGAUGGGUCUAGUGGUGGAUUGAUCCGGACCAUUGCGCUUCACAAGGGAGCACCUGAGGACAUGACGGUUCCAUGGACGAAAACACCCUAUUGUAUGGAGAAAGAUCUCAAAUACCAAGAAAUGGCGGUGCAGAAUCCUCCGUUCAGCAGCUCCGCAAAAAUAAUUGGGAACCAGACCCGUUCCGAACGUAUAUAG